AACUUCUAAUCGACCGUAAACAGAAUACCUUAGCAACCAAAUAAUUUUAUGAAAUAUAAUUGCACGUUAAAUAAAUUAUUUACUAAUUGAAGCAGACUUUCAACACGACAGAAGACAAAUGGAGAAGAAAUCAUUAACAUGCGAAGUCUAUGACAAGUCAUUCCGCCAAAGUAACAAUUUGAAGAACCAUCAACAAAAACACACAGGUGAAAAACCUUACCCAUGCGAUGUAUGCAACAAGUCUUUCAGUCAAAGUAGCAAUUUAAUGAGCCAUCAACGUACACACACUGGUGAAAAACCGUACCCAUGUGAUGUAUGCGACAAGUCGUUCAGCCAAAGUAGCGGUUUGACGAGCCAUCAACGCACACACACCGGUGAAAAACCAUACGCGUGCGAUGUAUGCGACAAGUCUUUCAGUCAAAGUAGCAAUUUAAUGAGCCAUCAACGUACACACACUGGUGAAAAACCGUACCCAUGUGAUGUAUGCGACAAGUCGUUUGCUGAAAAUAGUCAUUUGACAACGCAUCGACGCACACAUACUGGCGAAAAACCGUACGCGUGCGAUGUAUGCGACAAGUCGUUCAGCCAAAGUAGCGUUUUGACGAACCAUCAACGCACACACACUGGUGAAAAACCAUACGCGUGCGAUGUAUGUGACAAGUCUUUCAGUCAAAGUAUCAAUUUAAUGAGCCAUCAACGCACACAUACUGGUGAAAAACCGUACCCAUGUGAUAUAUGCGACAAGUCGUUUUCUGAAAAUAGUCAUUUGACAACGCAUCGACGCACACAUACUGGCGAAAAACCGUACGCGUGCGAUGUAUGCGACAAGUCGUUCAGCCAAAGUAGCGGUUUGACGAACCAUCAACGCACACACACUGGUGAUAAGCCGUACGCGUGCGAUGUAUGCGACAAGUCAUUCUCUGUAAGUAGUCAUUUGACGAGACAUCGACGUACACACACUGGUGAGAAACCGUACGCGUGCCAUGUAUGUGACAAGUCUUUCUCUACAAGUGGCGAAUUGACAAACCAUCGACGCACACACACUGGUGAGAAACCGUACGCGUGCCAUGUAUGUGACAAGUCUUUCUCUGCAAGUGGCAAUUUGACAAGACAUCGACGCAAACACACUGGUGAAUAAGUUACCUCAACCAGUCUAUGCCAAUAUAUAUAAUAUAACUACUAUAAAUUUCAUUACAGUAAUACAUUUACUUGUUGAAUUAUUAUUUUCAAUUUUGUA